CCGGGGCGGGGCCGGGGGGCGCUUCCGCGGCGAUGGGCGCGCAGCCCCCCAACUUCUCGUGGGUGCUCCCGGGCCGGCUGGCGGGGCUGGCGCUGCCGCGGCUCCCCGCGCACUACCGCUUCCUGCGGGAGCAGGGCGUGCGGCACCUGGUGUCCCUGACGGAGCGCGGGCCCCCGCACAGCGACAGCUGCCCCGGCCUCACGCUGCACCGGCUGCGCAUCCCCGACUUCUGCCCGCCCGCCCCCGAGCAGAUCGACCGCUUCGUGCGCAUCGUGGACGAGGCCAGCGCGCGCGGGGAGGCGGUGGGAGUGCACUGUGCCCUGGGCUUUGGCCGCACGGGCACCAUGCUGGCCUGCUACCUGGUGAAGGAACGGGGCCUGGCUGCCGGGGACGCCAUCGCCGAGAUCCGGCGCCUUCGACCCGGCUCCAUCGAGACCUACGAGCAGGAGAAAGCGGUCUUCCAGUUCUACCAGCGGACCAAAUAAACCGAGGUCUACAACGCUGGCUGGCUUGCCCAGUCCCUCUCACUUGCCGCGAAGGAGCUGGGAUCAAAUCCAGACUUCCCACCUGCCAGGACCUCCUCCUGGACCCCACACAUGGGGCCGUCUGUCUUCACAGCCAGAGCUUGGACUCGAGGGCCAUUUUACCCACACGGCUUCCGGCGUCCCUCCGUCCCUCCCUCCACCCACCCCGGCCCAUCCUCCUGGGAGGCCAGAGAAUAAACCGCAUCCGAGAAGCCAACACAUCUGAGCUCUGAGCCGUUCCUUAAAGUGCAGCCCAAGCAUUUCAGUGCAGAAGAGUGCAGCUGACCCAUCGGGUCCCCGUCGCACCUGCUGCUACAGAACCCGGAGCGGGUGUGGGCCUGGCCCAGCGCGACAGGCUGGAGGGUGAAUAGCCCUGAGCCCUCGCCGAUGUGUGUCGGUGUCGGAUGAUCUAUUAAAACCUCUAAUAUCCUU